GCUGCCGCGGGCUCUGCAGUUCGGACUCAGAGCGCCACAGUCGCCGCAGUUCCCUCCACUCUGGUGGCCCCACGGUCCUGCGGGGAGUCCGGGUGGUCCUCGGGCCGCUCGGAUUUGGCGCAAGGCCAGCCCCGCCUCUCCCGCUUCGUGCGGCCUAGACGGUCGCGGCAGUGGGGACAUGGAGCCUUCUCCCGCCACCGGAGGCUCGGAGACCACCCGCCUCGUGAGUCCCAGAGACCGCAGCAGCGCCGGCGGCGGCCUGCGAUUGAAGAGACUGAGGCUCCUUGUGUUGGAUACUGCUUGCCAUAUCUCAUGGACCGAACAGGGAUGGGCUCUGAAGCCACUGUCCUCUCGCUGUCUCUUCUGGGAACACCGGAAUCAUGCACACUCGUUCUCAAUUCUGGGAAGGGGCUUUUCAUUGAAGAAAACUCAUUUGAGAGCACCAGAAUUUCUCCAGCAACAGCUUCUGCCUUCUGCUGUGUGCCCUCGUGUCUAGUCCACAUUCGUUCAUUCACCAAGGGCGCUCGUCACCCAGGAAGAGUGGCUGUCCAUUUUGCAUUCCUCGGUGCCUCUCAUAGUAUAGAAUUUUGUCUCUUCACAGAGCCCUCAGAGCCCCUCCCUGAGGAGCCCAAGCUUGAGGGGAUGGCCUUCCACCACUGCCAUAAGGACCCCACGCCACAGUCAGGCCUCUCUCCUGAGAGGCUGCAGGCCCGGAGGCAGCUGUGUGCCGCCUGUGCUGUGUGCUUCAUCUUCAUGGCUGGGGAGGUGGUUGGUGGGUAUUUGGCACACAGCUUGGCUAUUAUGACCGAUGCUGCUCACUUGCUGGCAGACGUAGGCAGCAUGAUGGGCAGCCUCUUCUCCCUUUGGCUCUCCACUCGGCCAGCCACCCGAACCAUGACCUUUGGCUGGCACCGCUCAGAGACUCUGGGGGCUUUGGCCUCUGUGGUCUCCCUCUGGAUGGUCACUGGCAUCCUGCUGUACCUGGCCUUCAUCCGCCUGCUGCAUAGUGACUACCACAUCGAGGGGGGUGCCAUGCUGCUAACCGCCAGCAUUGCUGUCUGUGCCAACAUGCUAAUGGCCUUUGUGCUACACCAGGCUGGGCCCCCCCACAGCCAUGGAUCUAGGGGCACAGAAUAUGCACCGCUGGAGGAAGGGCAAGGAUACCCGCUGCCCCUGGGAAACACCAGUGUCCGGGCUGCCUUUGUGCAUGUGCUGGGAGAUCUCCUCCAGAGCCUGGGGGUCCUGGCUGCCUCCAUUCUCAUCUACUUCAAGCCUCAGUACAAGGCGGCUGACCCCAUCAGCACGUUCCUCUUCUCUAUCUGUGCCCUUGGAUCCACAGCCCCUACUCUUCGAGAUGUUCUGCGCAUCCUCAUGGAAGGUGCCCCUCGCAGUGUGGGUUUUGAACCUGUAAGGGACACACUGCUGUCAGUGCCGGGAGUCCGAGCAACACAUGAGCUCCACCUGUGGGCCCUGACGCUGACUUACCAUGUCGCCUCUGCACACCUGGCUAUUGACUCCACGGCUGACCCUGAAGCUGUCCUGGCUGAGGCCUCGUCGCGGCUCUAUUCCCGGUUUGGGUUCUCCAGCUGCACCCUGCAGGUGGAGCGGUACCAGCCUGAGAUGGCCCAGUGUCUGCGCUGCCGGGAGCCCCCCCAAGCCUGAGCCUCAGCCCCCCCAUCCCUGGACUCUCAGCACCUGCCCCCCCCACCACAGAAGGGACCAUCCUCUCUCCAUCUUCCACCUGCCAAAUGCCCCAGUCCCUGCCCCCGGUGGUCAAGACCAAAGUGUGCAUGGGGGGAAGAGGGAGGAGGGGAGGAUCAGACUGAAUUACUGUAAGCAGUUUAGGGGUGUGGGGUGUGUGGAAGCCCCACCAUUCGUGUUCCAUGUGGCCUGGAGAGUCAUGCUUGCCCUUUCUGUGCAAUUCAUGUGUCCUUGUGGCAGGCUGGCUGGUAGCUGGGGACAUCUGCCUGUCUGUGUGCUGUUCGUGUGCCUAUGCCUGGGGAGGUCAUCAGGGGCCCCCUCCCCACGUGAUCCUUGCUUUGUCUAUGCAGGGGCCCCAAUGCCUGCACUUUGUUUGUGUGCCCUGUGGUUUUGUCUGUUGUAUGUGUGUGUUCUUUGGUGCUGUGGCCUGUGUGUCUUAUGUGGCUCUGCUGGUCUCUGUUGAGUCUGCUCUACCUGUGUGUAGAGAUUUGUCUGUCCAUCCCUCUGUUGGUGCUGUGUCCUCAGCUUUCCCCUCGGGAGAGGGAGGACUCUGAUGCAGCCCCACCAAUAAACUCGUGUCUAACUGCA